AUGAUGAUUGCCGCGCAAGCGCUCCUCGCGUUGACCGAAAGCCGCGCCUUUCUCCUACAACCCCCCAUUUCACCCCCGCCGACCCACUCCUCAAGGUUCAACCACUUCAGCUCCAACUCGGCGCGGAGAGCGCCGGUUGCCGCCACCCACUGCCUCACUGCCUCUAGUGCAAGGACCGCAAGGACCGCGAUUCACGCGGCAGCAGCGAAGUCCAGGAGCAGCAGCGGCGGCCGCCAAGGCGACGACGAGAGCUUCGCGGAGGACCAGAGGUACCGCCGCAAGGCGAGGGGGGCCAACCUGAGGAGGGACGACACGGGCUUGCCGUCGGAGAAGAUCUACGCUCCCCGACAGAGCGCCUACGGCACGCCGACGGUAGGCGGAACGGGGCGCCCCGGCAAGGUCCGGCCACAGGGGGAGGAGAGGGAAGUGUCCAUCAACAACGCGGCCCGAUUAAAGGUGGCCGGGGGAAUCGCCAAGGGUCGGCGGUUGGAAUCCCCAGACGUGUUUCUGCGCCCCAUGAUGGCCAAGGUUAAGGAGGCGUUGUUCAGCACCCUCAUGGGCUUCGGGGUGUUCGAGACCGAGGAUGCAAGGUUCCUCGAUCUUUUUUCCGGGUCUGGUUCGGUGGGGAUUGAGGCACUCUCGAGAGGAGCCGGUCACGCCACGUUCGUCGACUUCGCGAAGGACUGUUGCGAUGUAUGUUUGCGCAACGCCAACCUGUGCGGCUUCUCCGAUCAGGCCAAGGCUGUCAAAGGAGAUGUUAUGGAUGUUUUGUAUAACCCUCGAAGGUACGGCCUAGAUGCCCCGUUCGACGUGAUCACGGUCACGCCGCCUUACGAGGAAGUCGUCUACACCGAGCUCGUCAAGGCUCUCUCCGUCAGCGACCUCGUGGCGCAGGACACCCUGGUUGUGAUCGAGUACCCCGUCGAGCUCGGCUGCAUGCCGCACGCCAUCGGCGACGGCACCAUGGUCGGGCUGCGGAACCGGCGGUACGGGCGCACUGUGGUCGGGGUGUGGGUGUACCUCCCCUCCGGGCAGUUCGGCGACAUGCUGGACUCCCGCCCGGAGGAAUUUGUCAGCAUCAAGAAGAAGUAG